CACAGCAGAGGAGCAACAUGUCGGGAGUGGCUUUGACUUUGGCGAAGAAGCGAGCCAGGGCCGCGGGCUUUGGGACCAACGCAAACGCCAACAAGUACCUGAACCAGGACUACGAGGCGCUGAGGAGCCAGUGUCUGAGCAGCGGCCAGCUGUUCUGUGACCCCGCUUUCCCCGCCGCCCCCGAGUCCCUGGGCUUUAAGGAGCUCGGCGCAAACUCGUACAAGAUGAAGGGGGUGCAGUGGAAAAGACCCGGAGAGCUGUGCUCGAAACCCCAGUUCAUCAGUGGUGGGGCCACCAAGACCGACAUCUGCCAAGGAGCUCUGGGGGAUUGCUGGCUCCUAGCGGCCAUCGCCUCUCUCACUACGAACUCUGACGUGCUGGGCAGGGUGGUCCCCAGCAACCAGGAUUUUGGAUCCGGCUACGCCGGCAUCUUUCACUUUCAGUUCUGGCAGUUUGGUGAGUGGGUGGACGUCGUCAUCGAUGACCGGCUGCCGGUGAAGGAUGGGAAGCUGCUGUUCGUCCACUCUGAAGAGGGGAACGAGUUCUGGAGCGCCCUGCUGGAGAAGGCCUACGCUAAGGUUAAUGGCUGCUACGAGGCUCUAUCUGGAGGCUCCACCUCCGAGGGCUUCGAGGAUUUCACUGGAGGCAUCGCUGAGUCCUACGAGCUGAGGAAAGCUCCUGCCAACAUCUUCCAGAUCAUCCAAAAGGCCCUGGAGUGCGGAUCUCUGCUGGGCUGCUCCAUAGACAUCACGAGUGCUGCUGAUUCAGAGGCAAUCACCCGUCAGAAGCUGGUCAAGGGACACGCCUACUCUCUCACAGGAGCUGUCGAGGUGCACUACCACGGUGGGCUGGAAAAGCUGGUGCGGAUGCGGAACCCCUGGGGUCAGGUGGAGUGGACUGGAGCCUGGAGUGACGGCUCGCCUGAAUGGAACUCGGUGGAUCCUUCGGAACGUCCGAAUGCCAAUGCUGAGGAUGGAGAAUUUUGGAUGUCAUUCUCAGAGUUCAUGCAGCAGUACUCUCGCAUUGAAAUCUGCACGCUGACCCCGGACGCAAUCACCGGUGAUUCUGUCAAGCCCUGGAGUGUUUGCAACUACAGCAGCACCUGGAGGAGGGGGUCCACUGCAGGAGGCUGCAGGAAUAACCCCAAUACGUUCUGGAUGAACCCUCAGUUUGUGAUCAAGCUGAACGAAGAGGAUGACGACCCCAACGACAACGAAACAGGCUGCAGCUUGGUGGUGGGCUUGAUCCAGAAGAACCGACGACGGCUGAGGAAAGACGGGGAGGACAUGCACACCAUCGGCUAUGCCAUCUAUGAGGUGCCUCCACAGUUUCGAGGCAAGACGGACGUGCAUCUGGAUAAGAACUUCUUCCUGACGCACGCUCAGAAGGCUCGUUCCGAAACCUUCAUCAACCUGAGAGAGGUCAGCACCAGGUUCAAGCUGCUUCCGGGAGAAUACCUGGUCGUCCCCUCCACCUUCGAGCCAAACAAGGACGGAGACUUCUGCCUGCGCGUCUUCUCUGAGAAGCAGACCGAAACACAGCGCUGUGAUGAUCCUGUUGAUGCUAAAUUAGAAAAUGAAACUGUGUCAGACAGUGAAGUAGAUGCAAACUUCGUGGCUCUGUUCAAAAAGCUUGCCGGAAGUGAUAUGAUGAUCAGUGCCGUGGAGCUCAGAUUGAUCUUAAACAAAAUUAUUGCAAAACGAACUGACAUUAAGACAGACAGCUUCAGCCUGAAUACAUGUCGGGUCUUGGUCAACCUCAUGGACGACAGUGGCGAUGGGAAGCUGGGCAUGGGUGAGUUCGCUACACUGUGGAAGAAAGUGCAGAAGUACUUGGACAUCUACAAGAAGAACGACCUGGAUCAUUCUGGGAAUAUCAGCACUACCGAGCUGCGUAUGGCACUGAAGGAAGCAGGAUUCUCCCUGAAUGAUGCCAUCUUCCAGCUGCUAGUGGCCCGCUAUGCUGAUUCAGACCUCACCAUUGACUUUGAUGAUUUUGUGGCCUGCCUCAUGCGUCUGGAGUUGAUGUUCCGAAUGUUUAAGAAGCUUGACCCGCACAACACCAACUUCAUAGAGAUGGACAUGAACCAGUGGCUCUGCUUAACCAUGGUCUAACUGCCAUCCCUCUGAAGACAGUGGACAAGUUAAGCCAUGAUUCCUAAAAAUAUCUCAAUUUCUUAAACCCGUGUCGCGUUCAGAUGUUCAUAACAAACCCCAAAGCGCUGCGAUUCUGAAUAUGCACUAUAAUACGUGUCAUGAUGUUCCCUUAUUUAUUCUAUGCUGAGUGCCUACGGUAGUUUCAAGUUAGCCCUGAAGGAUAAUUGCACAUAUUUUGAACGACUAAUAUUGUGUACGAGUUAUAAGAAUAUGGUAGCUACAAUGAAUGCGUUUACAUGGACUCAAUAGUCCGAUCAUAAUCUGAUUUCUGCAGUUUUCUGAUUCAACAGGUCAAGUAAACAGUACAUUCCGAUUUGAUAGUACAGUCUAGAAAUCUGAUAAAGUGAGCUGGAUUUUAGCUCGGAGCUAAUCAGAUUUCCCAGUGCAUGUGCACCCUUACUCUGAUUUCUUUCCGAUUCCUCAGUCUGCACAUGUGUGAAAACAAACGGUGGUACCAGAAAUAAGCAAGCAAGAUGGCAAAAUACUUUUGAAGUGAUGCUGAAACCAACUCCAUGCUUGACGAAAUGAAGGAUUGAAACUUUCUUCAUCUUUUAAAUGAUGCAUGUUCAUAUUUUCAGGUAAAGCGAUGCAAAGUUUUACGGGGACUUUUGCAAUGCAGAAAUCUGAUUAAUGACUGACUCAUGUAGAUCUAGAGGCGUCCUACUAUGUGAUUACUCAACUACGUGUAAACACACUGAUCGGAUACCUGACAAAAUCCAAACUUUCUGCAGUGAUCGGAUUAUUAAUUGCAUGUAAACACACUCACUGUUUGGCUGUUUUUAUGCAGAUUAGUCCAGUGCUACAAGGGUAAACAUUGUUAUGGGAAUCGAAUGAUUACGUGUUGGUAUUUGGGUCAAAGUGAUUGAGAAUCUAUGAAUCUAUGAAACUCCAUUUACUGUAACAGGUUUUUUGUAGUAGCUGCUUAAAUGUGUACAACAGUUUGUAUCAUGUUUGUUUAGGACAAUUUAACCAUGUUGUGAUUUUUCCAUUAUUCUAUUGUUAUUUUGAUUAUUGGUGUACUUGGUUUGGGUGAAGUAAGAGCUUCAAUGUAAAACAUGUGCAAUGGUCUCUCAGGGUGAAGGUCUAAAAGUUGUGGUGAAAUAACGUAAUCCCAGUCAUUUAGAGAAGGCUUGAUACAGUGGGAGUGCUGUCAUAGCUGCUGUUCUAGAAAGACCUGAUGUUUCCGAUGAAAUCUUACCGUAUUUGACUUUAGCCAACUUCACCUUCUCGCUCUGUUUACUUUUGAUUAAAACUGCGUGGUUCUCCUGUGUUUUUAAAUGGUGUGUGGGGGCACAGAGGUGCUUUUCAUUGGUGGUAGAACGUCUUGCUGGUCUUUAACCUCUAUGCAACGUAAUGUUAUUGUCAUGUAUUUCAGUUUAAGACUCAUUAAACAAAUUUGUUCUGA